UUCUUCCAGGCAAACCCUUCCCGGUAAAGAACUGCACCUUUUCCAACCAAACCACCAACUCGAUGGAAGUGUUCUGCCUCCCAGGCUUCGACGGCGGUCUCCCCCAGCAUUUCCUCCUGGAGUUUUAUACCUCAGAGUCCGGCCGACCUCGCUUCAACAUGACCUCAUACACGGAACCGUACUUCUUCCUUGAAAACCUGGAACCGGACAUGACGUUUCGGAUCGUCGUGUUCGCCGUAAACUCUAAGGGAAAGAGUCCUGGGGUCACGCUGGAAGGAGUCACUUUCAGAGAUGCUGAGAAAAGGACAGGCGCUCAAAAAAGGACCUUAAGAGCUCCAACUCUUUUCAAAGUGGAUUUCUAAAUCCAUUUUUGUGGUGUGCUACUGUCUCACAGAUGGCGCUAGAGUAUCUUUCAUAUCCCAAGUUGGACGUUGAAAUGCAGCAUACGGUUGGCUAGAACACGUUGACUUCGACAAUAUAUAAAGAUUUAAGUUUAAUUUUGCUGUUUUUUUCAUAAUCCGUUUAUGCUAUUAUAUUUUUGUUCAUACGAUUUGCAUUUAACAAGAGUUGCUGCUUCUUGUCGGUUGGCUAUUAUUAAUUAUUUGAAAUAUUCUGUUAAUUACUAAUUAUUUACCGAUUCAGCACGUGUAGGUCUGUAGGUGGAUCUUAAGCCCAUUUCGUUUUUUAUUGCCAUUUCAUUCUAUUUUGUUGCAUUUUUGCUGUAUCAUAUCAAUAAAGUUUAUUUUUGAGUU